AUGUUUAAAAAUAUAAAUCUCGACAUUAACAAACAAUAUGACUGUAUUGAAGACUUUGUUGUAUGGAUUGGUGAAUUAAUAGCGCCAAAUGUUUCUCUAGAAGAUAAAUCGGCCAAAGAUGAAAUAUUACAAUAUUUAGAAAUGCUAUUAAAUAUACAAGGUCGUAAGAAAAUUUAUGGUUUUCUGACAAAUAUUAAAUAUAUAAGAUUUUUUUAUGUUGAAAAAGAUCCAUUUUUUUGUGUAUAUAAUUAUUUUGAAAGUCCAAAUUUGGAAAUGUUUGAUUAUUCAUUUGAAUCAACAACAUCAAACAAUAUGACAACAACCACAACACUAUUAAAUCAACAAUCGAAAAAAAUACGUCUUAAUAAAGAUACAUUGGACAAUAUUUACAAAGUUUUUAAUAAUGGAUAUGGAUUUUUAUCAAUAUGUUCAACUUCAAAUGUUUAUUUAUUAGAAAAAACUGAAAACAAUGCUUGUCAAGAUGAUCCUGAACAUUGUGUUAUUAAAAUUUGUACACAAAAUAAAUAUUCAUCAUUAUAUUUUAAUGAAAUUAAAAUAACACAACAAUUAAAACAAUUAAACGUUUCAAAUAAAUUUAAUUUAUUUUUUCAAGAUAUUAUAUAUUCAUCAUCAACAGGUAACAUUUUUCUUCACAUAUAA